CCGACGUGUGGACCAAGUGAGCUCACCUGCCAACCACAAGAUCAACGGCCGAGAUUCAAUUGGUCCAGGAAGAACUUCCCCCUCUCCCGCGCUGAACGGGGUACUCUUUGGCCCGAUGCGCAGCGACCGUACCAAAGUCAACUCUUUGAUCAUAACCAAUCCCGAAGAAACAAUGAUCUGACCAGACCCAACACCAGAUUACUCGUCUCUCUUUGAUGAUCGUCUGCUGCGUCUGAUCCGAAGCGAAGAAGGAACUCACCAGUAAUUUCAAUGGGGUUCAAGUUCAACCUGAACGCACUAUGUCGUUCCACGACGACGUACGGCUCUUCCUUCGCAUGGUGUUCAUGUUGCCAGCCACCGCCGCUCGGGUACCACCGCACGCCUCGCGGUGUGUCCGCCAUGUUCGCCGCCAUGAUGCUCGGUGGACUGGCCUUGGGACUGCUCGCUCCGACCAUGCUCGCGUUCGUCAAGUCAAAAGCGUCCAAAAUCUUCCGCAGACGCACGACGACAGCCAAGAAAGAAGCGGAGACAAACAACCCCGAAGCCGCGACGAGCGGCGGAGACGCGUCGGCACCGGCCGGCGAGGAGUACGAGGUGUUCCUGAGCUUCAGGGGGCCCGACACUCGCACAGGGUUCACCGAUUGCCUCUACCACGACAUGCUUGGCGCCGGAAUCCGCGUCUACCGUGAUGACGAGGAGCUCCGCGUCGGCAGGGAGAUCGGCAGCGAGCUAAUGCGGGCGCUCAACGUGUCCAAGAUCUACGUGCCCAUCUUCUCCAGGGACUACGCGUCGAGCUCGUGGUGCCUCCGCGAGGUCGCGCACAUGGUGGACUGCACGGCGAGAUCGAAGGGGAAUAAGGAGAUCUUGCCGGUGUUCUACGACGCUUCGCCUUCGGAUGUGAAGCUCAGGACCGGGCUGUAUAGUAAUGCCAUGCCUAAGCACAGGAAGAAGUUUGGGGCUGAGGAAGUGAAGAGGUGGGAGGAUGCUCUUGUGGAAGUUGCUGAAUUGAAGGGAUGGGACCUCAAAGCUAGAGGGCAUGGGGAAGCUAUAAAGUUGAUCAUCCGAGAGGUUUUGGUUAAGUUGAAGAUAAAACAUAAGUAUGUGACGAAUCAGUUGGUUGGAGUGGAUGAUCAUGUAGAUGACAUAAUGAAGCUGUUGGAUGUUGACUCUGAAGGUGUUCGUUUUGUUGGUAUUCAUGGGAUGGGCGGUGUUGGAAAAACAACUCUUGCAAAGGUUGUCUUCAACCAGCUCUGUUCGUACUUCGAUGAUUGCUGCUUUCUUGGAGAUGUUCGAGAAUCAUCAGAAAAAGGUGGCCUAGUAAAUUUGCAGAAGCAGUUAUAUUCUGAUAUUCUUGACUCUAGAUUUGUGGACAACAUUCAUGACAUUGAUGAUGGAAUUAACCAAAUUGGGACGAGAUUUCGCAGCAAAAAGGUCCUCAUCGUAUUGGAUGAUGUGGAUAAAGAACAACAACUAGAGAAGCUAGCAGGGGAACGAGAUUGGUUUGGUUCAGGAAGCAGGAUAAUCAUUACAACCAGGAACGAAAUUACUUUAAGAGUCCUGGAUGAGGUGUUGAUAUAUGAAUUAAAGGAACUGAAUUUUGAUCAAGCUCUUAAGCUUUUCUGUAUACAUGCUUUUAGAAAAGACUCUCCACCAUAUCAAUAUGAUACUCCUGCAUCAGAAAUUGUUGUCACAACUGGAGGGCUUCCUUUGGCUCUUGAGGUCAUAGGCUCAUUUCUCUAUCGCCAACCGCAAGAGAUAUGGAAAGAGACUGUGGAAAGGUUAGCAAGAAUACCACAUAAGGAUGUUCGACAGCAGUUGAUGAUCAGUUAUGGAGCACUAGAAGAUGAGGGAAAGCAGAUUUUUCUUGACAUCGCAUGCUUUUUCGUCAAUGACACAAAAAAGACGAAUUGCAUUUACAUGUGGGAAGCUUGCAAUUUUUUUCCUGAGACUGGGAUUCAGGUUCUUAUGCAAAUGUCUUUGGUAAAGAUCGUUGAUGGUGAUAUAAUAUGGAUGCAUGAUCAGCUCAAAGAUCUUGGGAGGCAAAUUAUUCAGAGGGAAUGCCUGCAUGAUCCUGGAGAGCGUAGCAGGGUGUGGGUUUGUGAGGAAGCCCUCGACAUUGUAAGAAUAAAACAGAGAAAGAAAAAAGUUCAGGCACUCAUAUUAGCUGGAAGUCAAUUUCAACCACUAUUAAUUAUACAUGACAAACUUAGUAGGUUACCCAACUUAAGGUUCCUUGAAUUAGAGGCUGGAACCUUUGCCGGAGACUUUGGGGAUAAUUUUUUGAAGUAAAAAUGGAUUUCUUGGCAUUCACCUAGGCCACUAGAUUUUGAGGUAACCAAUCUAUCUAUAAAGAAUUUGGUUGUCUUUGAGAUUUUUUCGGGCAGCAUCACAGAUGACUGGGGUGGAUGGAACCUAAUCAAGGUAUGAUAGGCAUUUACUUUGAUUUUGAUUGGCAUAUAGUUUAAUAUUUACCAUUUUCUUCUCUUGAUGGUCAAUUGUUUUUUGUAGAUGGCAAAAAAUUUGAAAGUUCUAAACCUCAGAGGUUGUGAAGGCAUAACUAGAACACCAGACUUCUCUGGAUGCUUGAGUCUAGCGAGGCUGAGUUUCUAUAAUUGCAUAAACUUGGUUGAAAUUGACUGCUUCAUUGGGAA